CUACAUGUACCAGUUCGAACACAGGCCUAGCUUCUCCAUAUCUCCGUUAUGGAUCAAAGGGGCCAAUCAUAUGGAAGAAAUACCGUUCGUUCUUGCGUUCCCUACAGAUUUCAUAAUUUCAUUGGGUAUAAAGUCAGUAGAAGAGAUACUUGUAUCUGAUGAUGAAAUAUUACUGUCAACAAACAUGAUGAAAUUCUGGACACAGUUUGCAAAGACAGGAAAUCCGAAUGGCGUCAGAGAUAAACAUCCUGGCGUGUGGCCUGAAUAUACCUAUGAUACACAGUCCUACAUUAUGUUCAACACGGACGGUAAACCAUACCCUACAGGGUAUCACUUCCGGAUUGAAUUUGUGAACUAUUGGACAAACGUAUUUCCAGGACUUCAAGAAGCAUUGACUAAUGCAAAAGUUGUAUGCGACGUGAAUUCAGCAGCUUCAUUAGGUUCUCAUUGGACAUUUUAUUGUUUAUUUUUUGCAUUUUUCAUGAUCUAUUCCGAGAAAAAAUAACUGAAGUUUAUAGCCUGUUGUAUAGAUAAUUGAGUGUAGAACUAUUAUGAAAAUAAAACUGUGUCACUAAAUUGCUUUCACAAGAAACUCACUUCAUUCCUUAGCUAUAUCUACAUAUGUAUAUACGUUAUUAGUGCAAUGCAGCUUUUUGAGUGUAGCUAACAUCUAAAUAAAAUACAGUGAGGAAGCUGAAAUCAGGAAAUACUGACAUAGGAUCACAGCGCUCGAAUGCAUUCUAUUGUAUAAAAUAAUAACUUUGUUACAGCACAGGAUUUGGCUUUUUAUUAAAGAAAUGACAUUGUU